AAACGUAAACGAAGAAGUGUUGUACUCGGCUGCCAAGGUUUUGGUUAACGGGAGCAUGCUGACCAGUGGAGCUUAUGUUAAAGUGUAAACGUAAAUUAUUGCUGCCUUGUAAACUGUCCAUGUUACAACCUGUGAAUGCGGAUCCUUAACCAAACAAAUUGCAACUGUGGUCCAGCUGAACUGACAUUAUGGGGAUUUUAGAGAAAAUCUCCGAAAUAGAGAGAGAAAUCUCUCGGACGCAGAAAAACAAAGCAACUGAGUAUCAUUUGGGCUUGCUGAAGGCCAAGUUAGCAAAAUACAGAACUCAGCUGCUGGAGCCCUCCAAGUCAGCGGGGGCCAAAGGCGAAGGUUUCGAUGUUAUGAAAUCUGGAGAUGCGCGCGUUGCUCUCAUUGGUUUCCCCUCAGUGGGUAAGUCCACGUUCCUCAGUUUGAUGACUUCAACUGCCAGUGAAGCCGCCUCCUACGAGUUCACCACCCUCACCUGUAUACCGGGUGUCAUUGAGUACAAAGGGGCCAACAUCCAGUUGCUGGAUUUGCCAGGAAUCAUCGAGGGCGCUGCUCAAGGUAAAGGAAGGGGUCGUCAGGUCAUCGCCGUCGCCAGGACAGCAGACGUUGUCAUCAUGAUGCUGGAUGCCACCAAAGGGGACGUCCAGAGAGCACUUUUAGAAAAGGAGUUGGAGUCAGUGGGCAUUAGGCUAAACAGGGAAAAACCCAAUAUAUAUUUCAAGCAAAAGAAAGGCGGUGGCCUCUCCUACAACUCCACAGUACCUCUAACCCAGUGCUCGGAGAAGAUGGUUCAGCUCAUCCUCCAUGAAUAUAAAAUCUUUAACGCAGAAGUCCUCUUCAGGGAGGAUUGCACGCCGGACGAGUUCAUUGAUGUCAUUGUCGGGAGCAGAGUUUACAUGCCUUGUCUAUAUGUGUACAAUAAGGUGGAUCAAAUCUCCAUCGAGGAGGUGGACCGCCUGGCUCACAGACCUCACAGUGUUGUUAUCAGUUGCGGGAUGAAACUCAACCUGGAUUACCUUCUAGAGACGCUGUGGGAAUACUUGGCUUUGAUUUGCAUUUUUACCAAGAAAAGAGGAGAACGCCCAGACUUCGGUGACGCCAUCAUCAUGAGAAGAGGAGCCAGCGUGGAACAUGUGUGCCAUCGUAUCCACAGAACCUUAGCGAGCCAAUUCAAGUAUGCUCUGGUUUGGGGCACCAGCACAAAGUACAGUCCGCAGAGAGUCGGUCUGACGCAUAUCAUGGAGCACGAGGAUGUCAUCCAGAUCGUCAAGAAAUAAAAAUAAAAAAAAAUGGGACACUCUGCAAGAGAUGUCACUGGCAUUAAAAUGGGUGGAAAAGGUCUACUUUGCGCUGCAAUGGAAAUGCACCCUCAACUCUCUUUAUAAUACUUUUAACCCCAAAACAUUGCAAAGCAUUUCCAUGUUGGGCAAAAGUUGAUUAAGUUCCCUUUUAUUUCAACAACUAAAUUCAUUGACGAGGAGGAAGAAAGAAUAAAGUCCACGUUAGUUUAAAACCCAA